AUGACGCCAAGGUCCAGCGCCCGCCAGAGCCAGAGCAGGCUGCAAUUUCAGUCGACAAAAGGAGUCGAAGCUCCUGCCGACUAUCUCAACAUAAAAGCCGGUCUCUUAUCCGGUGCCACUGUUGACGAGGAUCAGCAAGCCAAGUUACUGUCUCAACACCUGCGAAAGCUAAACAGCGACCCCAGGUACGAGCAGCUGUUGCAAGAAUUGGUGGGCGGUCAGAUGACGGUUCACCAGGAAGAAUUGACAACCGUAGACAAACUGCUGCGUCAGUUUGAUCUAAACUCAAGCUACGGGCCAUGUGCAGGCAUCUCCAGGCUAGAUAGAUGGAGAAGAGCUGAAAAGCUAGGCAAAAACCCCCCAGAAGAGGUUCUUGAUAUCCUCAACUCACCUGUUGGCAACUUUGAUCAGUACAAAUACAGCUUUUUGGGUGUUUACCCUUGA